CGUUGCUUACGUACAGUGUUUCUAAAAUACUCAUUUUAAUAUUUGGUACCUAUGCUCAUGACAUAAGUAGGUACAUAAUAUUGUGUUUUUAAUAUUUUUACACUAAAGAAGUUAUUAAAGUAUUCCGAUUGCGUGCCACCCGCAUAGAGAUAGGAUGUUUCGGAAAGUCUAAAUACCGUACAGAUAAAAUAUAUAGUAGUGUAAUUAUCGUUUAUCUUUCAUUGCUUCACAAUCGAGCCAAUAUGAAGGUGUUGUGGUUUGUGUUUAUGGUGUUAAGCUCCAGUUUUGCAGGACAACUUAUUUCUAGUGGUGAAAUAGAGACAUUAGUCAAAAGAGUCGUUAAGAAUGGACUAUCAGAAAUAUCCGAAGAAGACUCCAAGACUCUACACGACCUGUAUGAAAUCUUCUACAGACCAGAGUAUGCGUCGGCUAACACGCUUGAAACUUAUUCGGAGACAAGAAUGACCAUAGACUGUAUAGUAUGCCGGAGUGCGUUUGCUGCGUUAUUUGACGCGGUGAGGGAGGGUCAGGAUGACAGUGAAUUGACCAGUGUCAUAUCGUUCUUCUGCUUAGUAUUGGGCAUCGAAAACGAAACCGUAUGCCAUGGAGCUGUUGGACUUAAUAUGCCAAUUAUAACCCACAUAAUAAGGACUACACCGCAAGCGACCCCGGCUACUUUCUGUGGUCUUGUCAUGCAGGAUGCGGGUAACCCUAACGUGUGCCCGUUCAAUGACCCCAGGUUCGAAUGGGAGGUUGAUCUGCCCGCCGUCUCUGAAACUGUUCCAAACCCCGAGAGGUCAACAGAACCUUUAACGAUCGCAGUGAUAACAGACGCGCAUCUCGAACCUCUUUACGAGGCGUUCGGCGUCGCCGACUGCGGAGAACCUACUUGCUGCAGAAAAGGACAGACCCCAGCUCAACACUUCACUUAUAAAAGCAACGUCGACGAGUCAGUUAUAGCUGAGAGCAUAGUCAAGAAGGACGGCGAGGUCUACAUUGACUUGAGUGUAGCACCGAAGAUAAGGAAACUCAAAAGUCAGUCGAGAACUAUGUAUCCAGCAAGGCAGUCUCGACCAGCCGGUUACUGGGGUGAUUUCAACUGUGAUACGCCGAUUUGGGCAUAUGAUGAUGUUAUUGAACGUAUUGCAGAGGCACAUAAGAAUGUGGAUGUGGUAUACUACGUAGGCGACACGAUCGACCACGGCGUGUGGGAGACCACUUAUGAGCUGAUCAACGAAAUGAAUCUCUACACCAUCGACAAGAUCAGGAAGACAUUCGGAGACAACGUGCCUGUUGUCCCCACUAUUGGCAACCACGAGGCGCAGCCUACCAACCAAUUCGCUCCAUCAAGAGUAACCGAAAAAGGUUUGAACACGACUUGGUUGUACGAGGCUCUAGCCAGGAAAUGGGACUUCUACCUCACAGACGAAGCUAAAGCAACCUUACGCGACCGAGGAGACUUCUCUAUACAAGUCAGGCCCGGUCUGCGGGCUAUUGCUCUGAAUAAUAACGUAGCUUAUAAGUUUAAUUGGUGGUUGGUAUACGACCCGACCGACGCGAAGAAGCAUUUGGAUUGGUUAGUUGAAGAGUUGUACAGCGCAGAGCAAGCUGGGGACAAGGUUCACAUAUUGGCACAUAUACCGCCAGGAGUGUCGGACCUUACUGCACAGUGGACCAGGGAGUACAACAGGAUUGUCAAUAGAUUCUCAUCGACAAUCACCGCGGAGUUCAACGGGCACACGCACUCGGAUGAGUUCAAGAUAUUCUACGACGCGGAGGGCUCGCCCAUAAACGUGGCCUGGGGCGCCGGCAGCGUCACCGCUUUUACCAACUACAAUCUAAAUUACAAAAUUGCUACAUUCAGCCCUGAGACAUUGUUACCGCUAAGCAUCACAAACUACGUGUACAAUCUGACUGAGGCGAAUUUGACCCCAAAUCGGCGACCACAUUGGUUCCAGCUUUACGAUAUGAAGAACUCAUUCGAACUGAGUGACUUAUCUGCCUCCUCUAUGGACGACUUAACUCGCCGAAUGGUCACUACACAGAAACAUCUGCUUGAUUUGUACGCGGCAUUCUUCUCAAAAAUCUCCGAUGCCAGAUGGCCACACUGCAACGAAUCAUGCAAACUUAAUGAACUUUGUAAAACUGUUGUCACUGUUCUAUGGCAGCGGCAGAGGUGCGACGAACUCGUCAACCUAUACCAUUCGAAUUAA